GCGGGACUGUGAGCACCGGGGUGGCGCGUUCAUUUACUCAUUUGUGUGUGGCACGGCACGCGCGGGAUGUGGGGACCCCUGAACACAACAGGGCUCCGUGACUUUCUCUCACUGCCGCUGGUGGUGGCGGUGAUGUGCUGCGCGCAGAGCGUCAACGAACCGGGAAACAUGUCUUUCGUCAAAGAGACUGUGGACAAACUGUUGAAGGGAUAUGAUAUUCGUCUUCGACCGGACUUUGGAGGUGCACCGGUUGCUGUUGGGAUGAGUAUAGACGUGGCAAGCAUAGACAGGGUGUCAGAAGUCAAUAUGGACUACACGCUGACCAUGUACUUCCAGCAGUACUGGCGGGACAAGCGGCUGGCCUACGCAGGGAUCCCUCUCAACCUGACGCUGGACAACAGAGUAGCAGACCAGCUGUGGGUCCCAGACACGUACUUCCUCAACGACAAGAAGUCGUUUGUUCACGGCGUCACCGUGAAGAACCGGAUGAUCCGACUUCACCCGGACGGCACGGUUCUCUACGGCCUCAGAAUCACCACGACGGCGGCCUGCAUGAUGGAUCUGAGGCGGUACCCGCUGGACGAACAGAACUGCACUCUGGAAAUUGAGAGUUACGGUUACACGACAGAUGAUAUAGAGUUCUACUGGAAAGGAGGAGACACUGCAGUGACGGGAGUCACGCGCAUCGAGCUGCCUCAGUUUGACAUCGUCAACUACAAACUGGUCUCCAGGAACGUCGUCUUCUCCACAGGUGCCUACCCUCGACUGUCUCUGAGCUUCAAGCUGAAGCGAAACAUCGGAUACUUCAUCCUGCAGACGUACAUGCCCUCCAUCCUCAUCACCAUCCUGUCCUGGGUGUCCUUCUGGAUAAAUUACGACGCCUCGGCUGCCAGAGUUGCAUUAGGGAUCACGACUGUCCUGACCAUGACAACCAUCAACACCCAUUUAAGAGAGACUCUGCCCAAGAUCCCCUACGUCAAAGCCAUCGACAUGUACCUGAUGGGCUGCUUCGUCUUCGUCUUCCUGGCUCUGCUGGAAUACGCCUUCGUCAACUACAUCUUCUUCGGACGAGGCCCUCAGAUGCAGAAGAGACUGGCCGAGAAGGCGCAGAAGGCAAAUGAUGACCGGGAGAAUUUAGACGAACAGAAGGUCGACUCCCAGGGGAACAUUUUACUGACAACCUUGGAGAUCUACAACGAGGUGGGAGGGAAUGAGAUCACAACCACGGUGAGCGAGAUCCACAACUCCUCUUCCACGGUGUUCGACAACUCGGGGGUCCAGAACAGGAAGCCUAGCGGGCCGCGCUCCAGCCUGGACAGGAACGCUCAUCUAAAGAGAUCCCGUCUGCAGAGACGAUCCUCGCAGCUCAAAAUCAAAAUCCCAGACCUCACCGACGUGAACACCAUCGACAGAUGGUCACGGAUAAUAUUCCCCUUCAGCUUCUCCCUCUUCAACGUAAUCUACUGGCUUUACUAUGUCAACUAAUGCAUCAUGUCUGUCUGUGUCCUUUCUGACUUCUUUAUGUGAGGAACAUCAUAUUAUGAACUUUUUUUUUAUCAUAGCGAGUGAGUCACAAGGAAUUAUCAGAACAUUACAAAGACUUUGAUGAACUGAGCUCUCUGCUCUCGCCCGGCUGAGAAGAACUGGGACGUUGUUUCUCUUUGUUGUUCAUCACAGCGUUAGGUCGUGUGGUCGCUGUAUUACAACUCUCUGCUAAUGACAAGACAGCUGACAAAGAUUCUUAUUAUUGUUAAUCUUAUGUCGUAAUAUAUCAUCAUGUAAACUGUUUCAUUUUGACUGAAACCAGACUUAAAGGAAUUGUUUAACAUUUUUGGAUGUGCGCUUCAUCGCUUUCUUUCCGAGAGAUUGAUGCCACAUGAAGCUAUAGACCUUUUAAUGCCGACGCCAUGAUUACGUCAUGGUGUUAGCUGGAGGCAAACAGUCGUGUGCUAAAGUUACACAAAAAACUUUAUUGCAUAAAUUUGAGAUGACAAACAAGGCUCUUGCUAAUAGCUUAGCCUUGUUAGCCUUCUGGAAAGAUCAUAACUCAUAUUUAACUACUGAAGAUGGAGAGAAAAUGUUGCUAAUAGCCUUUGGCUGCAGUUAGCAGAAGCUAAACUAUUAGCAAGAAGGGAGAAAAUGUUGCUAAUAGGUUAGCCUUCUGCUAAUCGCUGCUGCAGCCGUGAGCAUUUAUCUGCGGUUAGUAAGCACUAAACUAUUAGCAACCUUUUCUCUCCGUCCCUGAAACGGGAUCUGGAUCAGCAACUCUUUCUGCAGGAUGGUUAAUGUGUUAGGCAUUCUGCCUCCACCUACGCUCCGUCCACAAGAAUACAUCAUCAUGUUAACUGACAGACUCUAUAGCCAGCAGCCAGUUAGCUUAGCUUAGUUUAGCUUAGCGUGAAGACUGGAAGCAGGGGGACAGAUUAGUGUAUUUCCUAAAAAUCUCAAACUAUUCCUUUAAUUUGCCUUGGAGUUUACUCCAGCGACUGUUCACUGGUUGUUUUGAAGUGGAACUGCUGCGACCUGGCUCCUGCGGGGGUUUAACACUGUGUAAGGAUGUCAAACAGUAACUUUGAUUUCAAAGCCUGAUUUUAUUAAUAACAGACGGCUGAUGGAAUCUGUACCAGCAUUUUAUAAAAUUGUUAUUCACUGCCAUUAUUAAAAGGAAUCUUUUGACAUUUUGGGAAAUAUGUAGAUUUGCUUUCUUGCAAAGAUUUGCACGAUAAGAUCAAUAGCACUCAGUUAGCUUAGCAUUAAGACUGGAGACGAGAGGAAACAGCUAGCCUGGUGGCUAGUGUGUGUGUGUGUGUGUGUGUGUGUGUGUGUGCCUGCCUGUCGGCACCGCUAAAGCUCACUGAUAAAUGUUUAAUCCCAUUUGUUUAAUUUCUUAGAAUAGGGAUUGGACAAUAUAGGAUAUUAUCGCAACAAAAAAACUCAAUAAAUUGAUGGCGAUGAAUUUCCAUUAUCGGGAUAGUUUUGAUUUUAUUUAUUUAUGCAGGGCGACAUGAUUUAUAAUUACUUUAUAAAGUUUUUUUCAUUUUGUUGGAUUUACUCUAAGAAAGAUGUUCACUAACAAGAUGUGUCUUUUCUGUAAUGCAAUAAAGUUAUUUGCUUCUUAACUAAAUGAAAGGUUUAGUGAUUCCAGAAGGUUUAGUAGAG